AUGUCAAAGUCGGGACCAAAAUUAGCGACGGUUGCCAGAGUAAAGGCUUUGACGGAGGUGCAGACGGGAAUGGUGUUGAUUUUUGAGGGGACGGAGAAGUUGCAUCUGAUCCUAGUCCUCCUCCUCUGUGUUGGAAUGACGAUUGUGAUAGAGAUGGCUCCUCCUUCGUCUUUCAGAUCCAAAGAAAAUGCAGAUGCAGAAGCAAAAGAAGGAUGUGGUGCAUGUAGUUAUGGUAAAACUGUGGAGAGUCCUCCAAUUUCUAAAUUGACAGCGGCUGUAGGCCAUUAUAUUUUUCGUCAAGGUUAUGGAUGUGGUGCUUGUUACGAGGUGAAAUGCACAGAUAAUGCAGCAUGUUCAGGGAAGCCAGUGACAGUGGUGGUAAGUGAUGAAUGCCCAUCGUGUUCAGGAUACCAUUUCAAUCUCAGUGGCGCCGCUUUUGCUUCCAUUGCAAAUCCAGGUCAACAAGAUAUUCUUCGUAAACUUGGACAAGUCAACCUUCAAUACAGAAGGGUUUCAUGCUCAUUUGGACGUUCUAUAGCAUUUAGAAUGGGUGAAAAUUCUGAACCAAAUAAAUUAGAAGUAUCAAUGGAAUACGUAAAUGGAGAUGCAGAUAUUCAUAUAGAAAAUGGUCCUGAACAAGGUUUAGAGAUUUCUCAUGUGUGGGGUGCAACUUGGAGUGUUUUUGCUGGUGGUUAUGCUAUACAACCUCCAUUCAAUUUUACACUCGUUCAACGUUAUCCCGAUGGCACCAAAGGAAAGACCAUUCUGGUUCCUAAUAUAUUCACACAGGAUUGGAAGAUCGGUCAAGUUUAUCAAUCAACGAUAAAUUUCUAG